AUGUAUCCGAUCUCUGAUUUAACCGCGUUUUGUCGCAAAACGACUGGGGAUGUUCCCCCACAACUUGUGGGUGCGUCUACCACUGUGGUGGGGUCCAAAAUGUACCUCUACGGAGGCUGUUUGGCCUUCGAGCGCAGAAUGGUCUCGGACAUCUACACAUUCGAUUUUGAGACAUUCGUGUGGGAGCGGUUGAACCAACAUCCUGAGGACGACGUCCCCACAGCGCGCUAUUUUCAUAGCGCUAAUAUCUGGCGCAGCUAUCUCAUCAUCUUCGGCGGUAGGUCCAUCAAGCCCCAAUCAGAGGCCAUAGAAGCCCUUUGCGUGUUGAACGACAUAAGAAUGUUCGAUAUAACCACGGGUCACUGGCUUCCGUCGAGUAUAACCACAUCAGAGACGUCGCCUUUAUCAUUCAUCCCUACCGCCCGUUUUGCACACCUCAGUUCUGUUUCCGCUGAUCGUCUGUAUAUCAUUGGUGGGCAAGAUUUGGCACUUGACCUACUGGAUGACUUGUAUAUCUAUGAUCUCGCUGCAAAGGUUUGGUUACAACGACGGGAAUAUUCUCGGCAUUGUAGCACUUACCGCAGCGUUGCGGUGACCCCGGAUGUGCACGUUCACUUGCCUCAGGAGGAGUCAAGCUCAACCUCAUCACCAACUUCUGAUAUUGGUAUUGCUGGUACUCGCUUCAAGGUAAACGGGGCCGCACCAACGCCUUCUGUUACACGACCGGAUUCACUUGUACAUCUCCCCUAUUCUAAAGCUCUAACGUCCGAUCACCCUUGUGACAUAUUUGUAUUCAGUAAUCACAACUUUACCGACGUACAGCGUGAGUUCCAGGUGAUUUCUCCUCUUUCUGACGGAGACAUUGCUGUCUCCGAUCGUUCGAACACUAUGACUGGAACGUCAUUCCCCCCUGGACUUCGAUUCCCCACCGGUGCAGUUCUUGGGACGUAUUUUAUUGUCGCAGGUACUUACAUCUCGCACACGUAUCAAUCAUUCUCGAUAUGGGCUCUGGAUCUCCUCGACAUGUCGUGGAUACGGAUCGAUCGCGGCAGUGCCCUCGCUACAGGGUCAUGGUUUCGCAGCUGUCUGUGGUCUACUCAAAAUAAGCUUCUGGUGUUCGGGGACAAGAACGGGAAUCUGGUAGAGGACUAUGACCGCCGUCUUCUCAACUGGGACUAUGUUACAUCUAUUGAUCUCGAAGCAUUCGGCAUCUACCAGCCUCCCUCACCUAUUAUUAAUAUUCGUUCGCAAGAGCUCGGCCUUGCCGCAUUGGAGGAGGGCGUACUUGCAGAUUUUGAGAUCAUUUGCAAUGACGACCGUAGGAUCAAGUGUUCCCGCAAAUUGCUGGAGGAGCGAUGGCCAUGGUUCAAGGAGCAGCACAGGCUGUUCGCUCAGUCCGUACUCGCCUAUUUACGUGUGGGGCCACCUGAUUUGUUCGGCGUCGACGACCAGCGAAGGCAACGCCCAGAUCCCCGGCUGACACCCCGCUCUUUCUGUCUCUCAGAGCCUUACCCAGUCGCGCUGGCGCUCGUACAAUACUUUUAUUCGACCGCUUUGAUUACGCCUUUGCAACGGGCUCCAGCUGUCCUGAGCCAGCUCCUGUUGCUUUCAAGUAUCUAUGACCUGACACACCUACAGUCGCUUGUCAAGCAGGCCAUGCACCAAGCUCUCAGCAAUGCAACGUCUGCUGGUAUAUACAGCGUUGCAACGCUUUGCAGCUGUCGCAGUCUUCAGAUUCGGGCUCUGCGCGUGGUGAUAGCUUCUAGUCAGAAACGUCCAGCUGGAGCCCGUCCUCAGAAAGACAAGGAUCGGACUUCCACUAGUCAAAAUCAUACCAACGUACAAGACGACAUUGCUGGACGUCCGAGGACCUACGGAAAUGACGGUGAAAAUCUAUCAUCCGAAGCACAUACACGCGUCAGAUCUCGCGGGAUGUCCGACACCUCCGACAUACGUGGUUCGGCGGAAGCUGACGAUCCAAGCCUCUGGGAAAGUACUAAUGAAUUGCCGCGAGAAAACACCAUUACCGCGCAAGCUAUUACUCGUGAGGAACAACGUAUCCUCACGUUGAAUGCAAGCGUGGUGUCUGCAUUGGAAGAUCUGUUCAGCUGGAGGUUUAAGGACAGAACAUCUCGCAUGAGUGUUCUGUCUCCGGUGGAAUCAUGGCGCUUUCGCCGUGCACUAUAUCGAAUCUGGUUGAUAUCAUACGUAUACGGAAUGGAGGGACAUUACCUUAAGCGGCCUACGAUGCCAUGGUUCGCACGUACUGUUUCCGAGGAUUCGGACUCGGAGAAAUGGCUAAACGAGCAGAAGGAAGUUCUGGACACCUUUCUUGCUGCUGAGCUUCGUCAGAUAGAGUCAGUGGUGAAAUUCUUGCAGAUAAUUGCAGACUGGGCUGUGACUGCUCAUUUUAAGAGCAGCAUCGAUCAGGACUGGGACUAUUUGGGUGGUAUGAUGGCCGCUGACUACGGAUUGUUGGGUGGCGUGCUGUCACAAAAUCAUGCCGAGUCGGCGAUGUCGCGCACUCUCCGACAGACCGAUUUCAACACACUCAUGGAUGCUCUAUUUGACAGCAAGAGCGAAAAAUAUGCACAGUGGUCGAAAGAAGACUGGAUUUGUUUGGAUUGUUACCAGGAGUUUAUAUCAGAAACUAUGCCAAUAUGGUGGCUCAAGCGCAAGCGCAGCGGUAAAUCUCUUCUUUAUCAGACAAUAAUGCUUGAUUUCAAUCCGUUUUGUGUAGACGGCAUCCCAAUCAUGCCGGAUUGCAGGCAUGGAUAUUACUGUCGCAAACAGAUCGGUACUGCUGGGUUGGAACAUGCGACAAUGUUCAACGUUGGUACUCCGACGCUACACUAUUAA